AUGAGAAGAACUCAGUUUCGAAUAAAACACAGUGCACUAUUUUUUGGAUUACUUUUCACCGUAUGCUUUGUUUCACAUAUCAUUUUUGAGGAUAUUCACCGUGAUCCAAAAACUGAGAAAUUUCGAAUAUCCCGAGCAUCCACGCAUCGUCACCUGAAUAUAAGUGUUGUUAUGGUGGUCUCAAAUAUAAAAGGAGCUGAAAAAGAGUAUACAACAGCUCUAAGAUCCAUGAGAUGUUACUGUAAAAUGCACAAUUAUGCUUUUCGUUUGGUGGAAGAUGACGAUUUUCGAGGAGUUUGUGACCAGAAAGAUUUUAUGUUUCGACGACAUUGUAUUGUUGCGGAAUUGUUGGAGAAAUCUGAUUGGUUGGUGUUUCUAGAUGCAGAUAUUGCAGUCGUGAACCCUCAUGUGCUUCUGGAAGAGUAUAUCAAUCCUUUGUACGAUUUGACAUUCUAUGAUCGUUUUGUGAAUUGGGAAGUUGCUGCUGGAUCAUAUAUCGUUCACAAUACUCCAUGGGCGAAGGCAUUUCUCCGAAAGUUUGCUGAUUUCGAAUCAAAUCUUCCAAACAGUUUUCACGGAACUGAUAAUGGGGCGCUUCAUAUUUACCUUCAACAAACAUUCUAUCCACAACUAUCUGAUGAGUCACAAAUUUGCAAGAAAAUCUGGGAGAAAGCUGAGAAUUAUAGGGACUUAUUCACGUUUGAGGCAUGCAUUCGGACUGUAAUGGGAGAUGUUCAUGAGUUUGAUCGGGCGAGGAUAUUAAAGAAGGGAACGGGAUGGGUCAGAGACAUCUGGUUGACAGAUUCAAAAUGGAAUCCUGAAAGAGAUUUCAUGCUUCACGGGUUGAAAGAUACACAUGAAGUAUUUUUGAGCCAGGGAUUCCUUGUCAACACAAUAUUCGGACAGUUCAAUUGGAGAUCUCCGUUUUCUUCGAAAUUGAAAUUAGAGCAAUGUGGAUCCCCAGACUUUUGGAAAAUGAAUAAGAAUUUGAUUGUUUCGAAGAAAGAAAUUGAAAGAGAUUUGCGGAAAGAAUUCGAUGAAGUGGAAAGACGAAGAUGGGAGAGUUUAUCAGCAGUUGCCGGUUAUAUUUGA